GCCUCCCUCACCGAGUGGGGUUUCGCUCGGUCGCCGCCGCCCUCACGGCCCCCUUGGGCCCACCUCCUAUGUCCCUCCUCCCUGGGGCCGCACUUGCGGCGGUGUCCUCACAGGGCGCUAGGUGCCGGUCCCCGCCUCCCCUCCCCCAGCCCCGUCGCCCCGCCCGCCAGGCUGGGCUGCGGGGUCAGGGGCCGAGCGGAGCGGGUUAUCAUUUAAAAUGGAAGAAGAUGAAUUUUUUGGAGAAAAAACAUUCCAGCAUCAUUGUUCAGAAUUCAUUAAACAUUCACAACAGAUAGGUGAUGGUUGGGAAUGGAGAUCAUCAAAGCACAGGACUGUUCUGAUGGUUACAUGUGCAAAACGCAUUUUCAAAUAAAAAGUGGGACUAUGGUGUCACAUCCAGGAACAUAUGCUGGUGUACAGACAUGUCCUCCUGUGGAGGAGGUUUUAGAGGUACCCUUGGAUGAUGCUGAAGCGACGGAGACUGCAGCAGCAUCUGAAGUGAUUAAAUAUGAAUAUCAUGUCUUAUAUUCCAGUAGCUACCAAGUGCCUGUACUUUACUUUAGGGCAAGCUUCUUAGAUGGGAGACCGUUAGCCCUGAAGGACAUAUGGGAAGGAGUCCACGAGUGCUAUCAGACGAGGCUGCAACAGGGACCAUGGGACACUAUUACUCAACAGGAACAUCCAAUACUUGGGCAACCCUUUUUUGUACUUCAUCCCUGCAAGACUAAUGAAUUCAUGGCUCCUGUAUUAAAGAAUUCUCAGAAAAUCAAUAGGAACAUCAACUAUAUUACAUCAUGGCUGAGCAUCGUAGGGCCGGUUGUUGGGCUCAAUCUUCCUCUCAGUUAUGCCAUAGCAACUUCUCAGGAUGAGUCAAAUGCCCUUUGACAAGGCAAAAAGAAAAGCCUAGAUUUCAUGUUUUGCUGUUAGAAAGAUUCUGGUGCUUCUCUUGCACUUAGAUACAUUCCUGCUAUCUGGAAAGUUUGUUUUCAUCUUUAAUGGGCUGAACACUGGUUUGUUCUUUAGUUCUCCAACAAUGCACUACCCAGUUGUUUAGGAAGCAUUUUACUUUCUUGUAAGUAGCACUCAACCAGCUACAAGUGUAGACAAUUUUAUAAUAGCACUGAUAUUCUUGAAAUAAUCAUUUAUUGCUCAGUCAACAGUGUGUUUUGUUGUUGUUUUGUUUUGUUUUGUUUUUAUUCUCUUGGUUUUUGUUUUGUUCUUGUUUUCAGAUUUUUCUAUUGAUUUUACAGAUUGUGGCAUGAAGAGCAUCAAGAGUUUACUUGACCAGCCCUGGUUUUAAUGAGAUCAAAACUGUGCAAUAUUCCACAUUGCCAAGAUUUUACAUGGAAUUUUUUUUCCCCCAGGAAAAAAAUGUCUGUGGCAACUCAUAUUUGAUAGACUGAAUGUUUAGAAAAAACAUGUCAAAGAUACAAAUCACUGGAAAUAACAAAAAAUGAAUCUAGUUCAGUAAUACUAUAAAUCCUGACAUCAUUGAGGCUCUGACAAGUCAUUUUUUUCUGGGCUAAGCACUUCACAUUCCUUUUUCUGAUAUGGAGAUUGAUGGAGAAAUAUAUUUAUGCAUUCAUUUUAAUAUAAUAUGAUGAAAAUUAAAGUACAGGAUAUAUAUGUUCCUGAAAACUACUUUUAUAAACAUAAUAACCUUUCCUAAAUUAUUCUCCCAUAAUCAAAUUCAGGAAAAAUUAAUUAUUUCUAAUUUAUUCAGAGAGAGGGAGAGAGAGAGAGAGAGAGAGAGAGAGAGAGAGAGAGAGAGAAACAGAUUAAAGAAAAAG